ACGGCAUUUCAAACUGAUCAAAUAAAACGCACCGUUUUCAUGCCAACGCAAAGAGACAGCUAGCCAUUCCCCAUCCCCUUCACACUCCAUCUGCUCCAUCUACUCUCCUCCGUCCCGCGAACAGGAGACAAAAAUCGCAGUGCCCACUGCCCAGUCCAUCUGCUCCCCACCAUCCCGCGAACGAAAGAUGAAAGCGAAACCAACUCUUCCCCUUCGAUGGUGGAUUUUGACUCAACAAGAUGAUGGCUGGAGACUUGCAUCCACAUUAUUUCCAUCAUUGAGUUUCCAACUGAAAAGAAAAAAGGAUCAUGUUUUUAACGGGUUCAGAAAAAGAGGUUUUAAUGUGACUGUUGGUCAUGAGCUUCAACAACAGCAAUUGGGUUCUUAGUAAGCUCUCUCUCAUGAGCUGAGAUGAACUAUACGAGUGACAAAAAAAGGUCUCAAGAAUGGCAAAAUUCUAUGACAUGGAUGAUAUUAUUACGGAUGAAGAGGUUGUCUCGGUUGUGUUCGAAAAAGCAGCAUGUGGAGUGGGAAUCGAUCCAAGUUCUGAAACUGACAGUGUUGAAGUGGGUUCAAAGGUAGAGCUGCCUUUUUGGCUUGCACAUGAGUUGCAUCUGAGACAAGCAGUAUCAAUGAAUGUUCCCACUUGUUUUGAUCAAAAAACGAAGUUGGAAAUACAGGCUGAUUCUGCAUGUGUGGAUCUGAGAUCUCGAUGCCCAUUCUUCUAUGAAUUUGGAUGCAAGAUAGCACCACUCGUGGGUGUUAGAACCAUUGGACCUUUGCUGUUAUCCGCGUUUAAGAGCAGGUACAAGGAAGUCCUCACCAAGGCACACACUGCAGCAUUUUCAGCCGCUUCCAAGCAUCUAACAAUCUUGACAAAAGAAGAAACCAAUUUGUAUGAGGCGGCUCAAUCCUCAAUGACAGCCUUUAAGAGGUGGCGAAUGGGUGGCCCCAGAUUUCAGAGAGCUUCCGUUCUUGGUAGGAAGAGAAAAUCAACUAAUUAGUUAUCAUAUCUUUCUUUAUGAUUAAUUUCCAUCACAAUGGGGGGCCUUGUCCGUGAGUACCUGAGAUCUGUGCCCAACGUUUGUAUUCAUGAAUGAAAUAUAAUGUAAGAUGCUAAUUUAAAACACUUUAGAGGGCAAUAUUUAUUGAUUAACUAAAGGCCCUGAAGUAGCGUUUGAACAAUAUGAUGUGGUUACAAUAUGGCGUUGGAGAAAUAUUUGAUCCCCAGAUGUUUGCACCUCCA